AUGACGGAAUACGACUACAGCGAAGAGGCGCUGCAGGCGUACCUUGCGACCCAGGACCGCAUUUCGCGGUGGGCCAAGAAGACACAUGAAGUUCAGCAAGCGGACCCCGAGACGCCACGGACACCAGCGCUGUCCGAAGCGCCUCUACCCCGACACGGCGACGAGCGGGGCGGCAAGCGAGGCAAGUCUCUUAGAGACAGAACGCGCUCCAGCGGAGAUGGGUCAAGAGAUAGACGGCGCCAUAGAGAGAGAGAGGUCUCGCCGCCACCUCCGCUACCGGUCCCACCGCGGGGGAUCAAGCUCGGUCGUUCCCACAGCGGAGGGCCGCUUCCCAGGCCAAGAACAGCACCUCCUCCUCGAGAUAUGGACCCAUAUGCCGGAAUAUACUCCGCCCCUCGUCAUUCUAGACGCGAAAUGUACCACGGACCGCCGACCAAUCCGCCCUCCCCCACACAUCAUGCUCCCCUCCAUGGCGUCCACACCCACACCCACCAUGCCCCCAACGCUAUCCGCCAUCGCCGAUCGAAUUCCCUUCCACAGCCGGCAGUACCACCUAUGCAUCAACAUGCGCCACCUAGUCCUCAAUUAUAUGACCCUCUCCAGCCCACAUCCUAUACUUUUGCGCUCCCGCCCGCGUUCGGACCUGUACCCCGCCCCGGUCCGGUACCGAUCCGUCCCGGCGCGCCUGUCCGCACCAACUCGAAUCCAACGCCCAUGCAGCACCCCAUACAUGUACAUGCUCACUCUCACUCGCACCCGCCACACAUUAUGGCCCCGCAACCCAGACCAAUAUAUGCCACGACCGCCGCGAUCGCGUCGCAGAUCCCCCCGAUACGUUCCCAACACCAGCACCAACACAGUGUCCCCCCAAUCCGUCCGAUACGGUACGAGGGCCAGCCGCCAGGAGCCUAUGGGAGCGCCAGCGCCCCGCAUUUACCGCCGCCCGCGCCGAGGGCAGCGACCCCGAUAUCGAGCCGGUUGGGCGGUGGAAGCAGCCGCAGGCUCGCUGCCAGCGCCGCCCCCGGCCCGCCUAUGCCCAUGCCUAUGCCGAAGGAGCCCUCCUGGUUGAAGAGGGUCUUCGGCUUCCGCAUCGGAAGAAGAGGGUCGUAG